AACUCCUCUAUAUUGGUUACAUCGUUUUUGAACGUAUUAGUGAAAGUUUUGACAACACUAGCGUUCUUAAAGUCGUCUUUGGGACACCGGGUUCAGGCAGGUUAGCCUGUGUUCACACUGGGACGAAAAAAACGUUCACUGGUAGUUCUUGCUGAGUCGGUCGCUGAGUAUAUUUCUGCAUGAUAUAAUGGCUGAAUCGAUGUCGGACAACUCUUCCAUUGGGGAUGCAGUGUCUAGUAGAGAAGAUGUUGAAUUCAUUGAGGAUGAGGAUCUUUACUACAUUCCUGAGAGGAGACCAUCUCUCGACCUUGGACCGUCUCCUAUGGACACCAGUCAAUGGCAUUUUGUGGAUCAGGCCUUGACUCCAGCUCAGAGCUAUGAAAAAUUGACUAGUGAAGAUGAAGGUGUGGCAGACCAGGAGGGGGCCUCUACAAGCGUCCGGCUGGAAAGAGCGGAUUCAUUUUCCAGCUGCUACUCCGUUGACAGCAACGACUGUGAAAAGAUCAUUCCUAAGGAAAAAACCAAAGAGGAAGUCACAGAGCCCUCGAACCAGCUCGAAUUAAUCCAAGAGCCAGAGGAAAUCAAGCAUCCAUCUUUGACCCUACAAUUCACUUUUAAGGCUUUGUGUGAGACCCUGAAGAAGCUGCCUGAAGAUGAUUUCAGGAUGUUCAAGUGGAAGCUGUGGACUCAUUACCCGCAGCCUUUCAGCGCCUCUCAAAGCAUGGACAUCGUGGACCUCGUGGACCGACUGCUGGAGAGCUUCACCUGUGAAAUGUCUGUGCAGAUCACCAGAACCAUUCUCGUCAGCAUCAGUAAAAAAAAUGUUGCUGAACAUCUGCGGAUGUUGUACAUCAAAAAUCAAAUACGUCAUGAAUUGUGUGAAUUGAUGAUACAGAAGUAUAGCGAAGUGUCGAUCACAGAAGGACAAACGAUGCCACUGGAUGACAUCUACGUAGACGUCAAUACUUUCUCACGUUCUGACAAUGGGCCGAAUGUUGAACAUGAGGUCUUGCAAAUAACCAAGGCGUCCACCAAGAAGAAGCCAGGCGAUCGGCUUUUGUUAGCAGAAACUCUCUCUCAGGAGUGGAUAACCAAGACUUACGCAAGGCAGGUGUAUCUCUAUGGACUGGCAGGAUCGGGGAAGUCCAUGUUUGUCAAAAAGCUUGCCCUUGACUGGGCUCGGGGGCGAUCACACCAGCAUUUCUCCUUUGUCUAUGUCAUAACAAUCAGAGAGAUGAACGAGUAUUUAGAAACUAAGAUCUCUCUGAUGGAUAUAGUGAACAAACUGUACCCGAUGGCAAAGAGGAUAAAAACGGAGGGCUUGAGGUAUGAGGAAAAUGAAGCCUUAUUCAUCUUUGACGGUCUAGACGAGUACCCUGAGGAGUUUAACUUUAUGCGAACAGAGAUUCACUCCGACGCCAGUUCUCCCAUGACCAUGAGGGUCCUCCUGGUCAACCUCCUCAGAGGCCGGUUUCUCAGCCGCUCCCGAUUCGUGAUAACGUCCCGGCCUCAUGCUGAUCGCUGCGCCCCGUGGGAUGGGCAUUACGACGAGAUCGAAAUGGGCAGUUUCUCCGACGCAAACAAAGACGAGUAUUUCAGGAAGAGGUUCAAGGACCCAAAUCAGGCAGCCAGAGUCAUCGAGCACGUCAAGUCGUUGAAAACUCUCCAUAUCAUGUGCUGCCUGCCCUUGUUCUGCAUGUUGUUGGCAGAUGAGUACCAGCGCGUCUUCAGAGAGUCACCGGAAGAAAAACUCCCCACCAACAUUACGUACAUGUACACGAAGCUCCUGCUGAAGCUUGUUCACAUUCGUAGAACAAGAAAGCCGGCUUUCAGUCCAGAGGACGAGUUGAAGUUGCUUAUGGAACUUGGGAAAUUUGCCUUUACCUUGCUGGAAAAGGGUCAGUUUCAUAUGAACAGGUCGAAAUGUCCUGACUUCUCUCACAUAGAGGCAGUGAACAGAAGUGGCAUCUGCAUGCAGUACACGACGACUCCAUUCGUCCUGUGCCACGAGGACGUGGUGUGUUUCCUCCACCCCACCGUGCAGGAGUACAUGGCUGCUCUCUAUGCAUAUCUCUCCUUAAGGAACCACGACAAGAACAUUUUUGAUCAAUCGGUGAAAAACAAAUUGAAAUUGAGCCACAAGGGACACAGAAUAAUGGAGCUGUACAAGGCAGCAGUGGAAAAAAGCCUGCAAUGCCCAGAUGGCAAACUGGACUUGUUCUUGCGUUUCCUCUUUGGGAUGGGAUGCAAAACCAACCAAGAACUUCUCCUGCCGUUUCACAAGCCUUCUGCGAAGGUCCUAGACUUAGUUAAAGACUGUGCGGCUCUCAUCAAAAAGAACCAAGGAUCUCAGCAUCCAGAUCGGAGUAAGAACUUGAAGUGCUGCCUGGAGGAAUUGGAGAUGUGAGCCUUUGACUUGGCUCCAAGUCAGAGUGAAUAAAAUGGCCGAUCACUACACAAGAAAGCAAAGUAGUGCACUUUAGUAUCAGCGCAUGCAUGGGUAAGGCACACUUAGAGUGGCAGUUUAUGUUUGAAUGGGAAGCCUAUUCGUUUAGUUUGGGAGCAUAUGAGGAAAAGCUGCUAAUUUAUGUGAGACACUAUCAGGAUACAGUCCAAGUGAUCAGAUCUCCAUGUUUUCUCCCAUCUUCAGUGGUUUCAGUAGCUUCAUGAUCAAACCCCAGGGCUUUUUAUUUGGAUUUUGUGUUGCUCAACAAAACAGGAGUAACUGUGAGGGGAAAGGAAAUUGAUUAAUCAUUGUUGACCUUUUCUUUUAAACUCCCAGUUUCACUUAGGCUUGGGUUUUGAUCCUUUAUCAUUCGUUAAUAUGACUUAAACCAAGUCAUCCCAUCAGAGCCCUGGUUUUACGUACAAAAAAAAUAAAAUAACGUCACUUUCUAACCAGGGAAUUUCUGAAGGUGGGCUGAAUGCAAAUACACACUUUCCUUAUUUUUAUAUAUAAAAAAAAAAUACUUUAGCUUCACAGUUAUGUUGUGCUCAGUGUUUAUCACACAAAAUCCCAAUAAAAUGCUUUCAGGUUUCAGGUUGCAAUGUGACAAAAUGUGAUCAAGUUGAAGGUGAAAUGACAGUUUUUGCAAGGUGCUAUAUUUGAUUAAUCUGCAGAAACUCCCAUUAUUAAUGAGCAGAAAUUUCCAGACCGAGUUAAAAGUCUGGAGAAGGCAGCCCUGUGAGUUUUCUCAUCUAAAGGCUGUGGCAGAGCUGUGCAUCCAAUCUAUCUUGCUGCCAUUUAUAGGUUUUCAGAUGCAUUAGUGUUUUGGUAGCUCUGCAAAAUCACAUAGGGAGUAAUUAUAAAAAUGGUAAACAACUUGAGUCACACAGGGAUGGAUUUUGGACACGAAUCUUAGCAUACAUCUAAAAGCAUGCUGUUAAAUUAAAGAUCAGAAUAUGUAAGAGUUUAGUCCUUCAGGCAAAAAAGUAUUUACAUUUUCAGAAAACUUGAUCUGGACAGUUUCUAAGUUUUGAUUCACUAUUAUUGUUUUGUAAUAACAUACUUACUUGUUAAAUUAAAGAUUGACCUUGAAGGAGGAGCUAAUGACAGAUGUAAUUUGAAAAAGUUUUGAAGACUAAAGUGGAAUUUGAUGUUUUAGGGUAAUUUUUUCCUCUUUGCAUUAAGAAAUAAAAUGCUCCAUUAGGAAACUGAUUCAACACUCAUUAUUACAUGCAUGUACACAUACAGUCUUAAAUUGGAUGUUCCUUUGCUGUCUGAAAGUUUUUUUAAUGUAUAUUUUCUAUAUUUGUGUUUGUCUGAAAACAAUGAUACUUAAAAGAAAUUUUAUCUCAAAUCUUUAUUCUUUGUCCCAUUGUGUAUUUGAUAAGACUGUAACACUUUCUAUUUUAAGUUUAUGAGAAAUAUCUAGAUUUCCUAUCAUCUGUGGCACAUUUAGUGACAAAAUACAUAUAGAUAUAGUAUGUAGUUGUUCAGAAAUAAUAGGACAAAUAUCCAGAAUCAGAAUUUAUUGGUCAAGAGUGUGUGCACAAAGAAUUUGACUUUGGUUUAAAGCACUCACAGCAUACAAACAAAAAAGUAUAAAUAUAUACACUUUAGAGGAAAUACAAUGACGAGUAAACAUAUGUAUGUACAGCCAUUUCUUCCUCCUUUUUGGUACAUGUAGGAAAAAAAUCAGGCUUGUUGUGACGGUGCAAAUUUGGUCCUUUUGUUUCCUAGAGUGCCUGACUACUCUGGCCUAAUUAUGCACAAGCAUUGCAAAAAUGUCAGCUUAAAUGCAAUAAAGAAAUAACUUGUUGGAGACAAAAGCAUGUUUUAUAUUACCCAAGUCUCCACCUCACACAUAUUUAUUUAAGUUUUUAAUUCAAAUAUCGGCAAACAAAACAAAAGAGCGAAAAGCUUAGUAAUUUAUUUUUGUAAUAUUUUGUUUUUACACAGAAGUCAAUGUAAAGUGCCUCAGUGCUGCAUUUAGAUGAGCGCUUAUGUUUCAAAGUACUCUAGAUAUUUCUCUUAGCUUCCAGCCAGUGUUUUGCUUUGUGCCUUUUUUUUCUUCUCCACACUACUUCUGUAGCUAAAGAGACUUUUCUACCAUGAAUUGUAGAUGAAGGGUACAAUUCAUGUUAAAUGUGCAUGUUGCAAGAUGAACAUUGUUCAGCAGGUGCCUUGAGUGCCUCUAAUGUUUACCACUACAAUCAGUGUCUGCUAACUUUAUAAAUUUCUGUGCCAUUCCAACUGCAUUUGUUACAACACAGCUAAAGUUGGAACUAAAGUCCUCCAAUGCGACAUUUUUCAAGAGCAAACUCUUCUGCAGGACCAAUCCCUCCAUCAAAGAUGAUCUAAAACGAGAUUUGUCAUUGCAAUCAGAACCAAGUUGAAAGCAAAGAUGCAAAUGAUUUAGAUGUGGCGGUGUAACUUCUAUUAAAGUGUUGAAAUGA